GAGACUGUAUUGUACUUCAGAUGUAGAGCUUGAAACAGACGCCGCGUAUCCGAAGUCAUACUGUUAUGGUGUAGGAGUCUGGGAAAUACUAUUGGAAUCACCUUCGAGGACCAAUCCCCGUUUUCGCGCAACAGACUCCUGUUUGAGAUGCUAAAACCCGGUGACCCUAGCGGAUCUGCUUUCUUGAAAGUGGACCCGACGUACAUGCAACACUGGCAGCAGCUCUUCCCUCAAAGCCAGCUGAAGAAUGGAGGCAUUACGCAGCUGCAGCCGCCGGACAGGGUAGCUGUUCCGGUGGAAAGUCUCCGUCAGCGGCCGAACCUGAUCUCCUCCACAUCAUCAUCGUCGGCUUUAACACCUUCCUCCACAUCUUCAUCGACUCCAUCCGUUUCAUCAUUGGCAGGUUUAUCUCAACUAUCUGUGCCACAAAUUGCACUUUUUGGACAAACUCUCUGUUCCGACAUUGUCUCGUCAGACAACACCAACCUCCAAGCGAAAGAACUUUGUAUAUCCUCCAGCUUUAAGAAUGACAAAGGGUCCAGAUUUAAACUGACCUCCGAUGAGUUAGACUACUACCUCUACGGACAGCAGAGAAUGGAGAUUAUCCCAUUGAACAAUCACACCGGCGACCACAACAAUCGUUGUGACAUGUGUGCAGAUAACCGUAACGGAGAGUGCCCCAUGCAUGGGCCCCUGCACUCGCUGCGGCGCUUGGUGGGGACAAGCAGUGCAGCGCCGGCCGUGCCGCCCCCAGAUGUCCCUGACUGGCUGCGGGACCUGCCCCGUGAGGUGUGCCUCUGCACCAGCACUGUGCCCGGCCUUGGCUACGGCAUCUGUGCCGCCCAGCGUAUCCCACAGGGCACCUGGAUCGGCCCCUUCGCGGGAGUCCCCCUCCUCCUGGAUAAGUUGCAGUCAGGAGGGGUGCGGAACACAAGGCACUUAUGGGAGAUCUAUGACCAGGAAGGGACGUUACAGCACUUUAUUGACGGCAACGAGCCGAGCAAGUCGAGCUGGAUGAGAUACAUCCGCUGUGCACGACACUGUGGCGAGCAAAACAUGAUGGUGGUCCAGUACAGAUCAUGUAUAUUCUACCGGGCAUGUAUGGACAUUCCAAGAGGAACAGAGCUCCUCGUCUGGUACAAUGACAGCUAUACCUCCUUCUUUGGCAUCCCUCUACAGUGCAUUGCACAGGAUGAAAACUUGAAUGUACCAACCACAGUCAUGGAGGCCAUGAGCAGACAAGAGACCCUGCAGCCGCUCAGUAAAACGGGCAAAGGCUUCUCGGUGGCCCUGCUGCGCUCCAUGGUCUUCCCCCACUCGCCCUGCUCCAGAAGCUUCUCCCUGAUGGACAAGGGCGGCCACACGGACUCCGGCUUCAACCAGAUGAGCUCUAAGAACCAGCGAGUCCUAGCCAGCCCCACCUCCACCAGCCAGCUGAGCACCGAGUUCAGUGACUGGCACCUCUGGAAGUGCGGCCAGUGCUUUAAGACUUUCACGCAACGCAUCCUGCUCCAGAUGCACGUGUGCACACAGAACCCAGACAGGGCGAAAAGGCCAGGGAUCGCCCUACUGAGAGUUUCAAAUGGGAAAGAAGUGGUGGUCUGUAGCACAGAAGGGCCUCUACCUCAACCUUACCAGUGUGGACACUGCUCCCAGUCCUUCUCUCAGCCGUCGGAGCUGCGCAACCAUGUCGUCACUCACUCCAGCGACCGGCCCUUCAAGUGUGGCUAUUGUGGUCGGGCGUUUGCAGGAGCCACCACUCUCAACAACCACAUCCGGACCCACACUGGGGAGAAGCCAUUCAAGUGUGAGCGGUGCGACAGGAGCUUCACGCAGGCCACCCAGCUCAGCAGACACCAGCGGAUGCCCAACGAGUGCAAGCCCAUCAGCGGCGAGAGCAGCGAAUCAAUCGAGGUGGAUUAGCUGAUUGACUGGCCGGAAUUAAACUGCAAGGAAAAUCAUGAUUAAAUGUCACGGACACUUAAACAAAACCAAAGAUUUCCUCUGAGAAACUCUCAAUCAGCCCCAGAAAACCAAAAGCAGUAAUAAAAUAAGUAAGAUGUUAAGAGAUAUUGAUCUUGGCACAGAAAAGGGACCAGGAAGGGGAGGAUGGGGGAGGGGAUGUUUGGGGGAGGUGGAGUUGUUGAAAGGGGGAGAAACAAUUAUUUAUUUAUGACUGGGGAGUUAUGGUUCUCAAAGAAGACCUGAAACUGGGACAGCAAAAAAUACCAAAAAUGUCCACUAUAUGUAGCUCUAUAUCUCAGUUGUCUUAUUCUUUGUAUCCUAAUACCAAAGGGAAAGGACUGUUGGGGGGAACAGAGAGGGUAGAACAUGCCUCUACUGAGAAUGCACAAUUUCUCUUAAAUUGCACCAUGAAGCAUGAUUUAGGAGGGGACUGUGUUUCCACCACAAAAAUAAACUAUCCACAGUAUGAAUUGUGAAAACUAAAUUAUAUUUCUAAUUUCUAUUGCUUCUAUUGCUCUCAUGUCAUGCUUCGGGCACUUUUAAUAAUGAUUAUUUAAUUGUUUCAGUUCAAUCUGAUGCUCCUAAAUAUAAGAAUGGAGACUAUUUGAAUAUUAAUUUCUUGUAAAAAACAAAAGACUAAAUCUUCAGAUUCUUGUUAUUCAAUGUAAAACUGAUAGUUGGCAGAUUAAAAUAGACAUUUUGUCCAGAAAAGGAAGAUGUUUUUUCAUGGCAUUUAUUAAGAAACUACUGUAUUUCAGGGCAAGCAUUUCUUUUAGAUCCAGGCUGGAAAUCAGUCAUAUCUGGUUUGUCCUUAAUCUCAACAUAUCAGUUAUAUCUGGUAUAAAUUUGUCACAGGCACAAUUGUAAGCUUUCCUAUAUCUGUUUAAUGGUGACAUUAAUUUUAAGAUUCAAGGGCAAACUACAUCAUGAUUUGAAACGAUGUGCUGCAUUUUUUUUACAUUGUUAUUGUGAUUAUUUUGUUAGGACUUACAUUGCGUAGUAAAACUUUCAUUUUCAUGCAAUUUUGGAUGUACAUAGUGUCAUAACGAUACACUUCUAACAGGUGAGGAAAAGCACGACAAACCCCAAAGAGGUUUGAGCCUGAAAUUAGAGCAUUAGGAAUGGAUUAACUUGGAGACCAAGCCAUCAGACAUGUUGAUGCAAAUCUUAUCAAAUCACACUGGUUUAUUGCUGUAUUAUUAUGGACCUAAUGAUUUGAGUUGAAAUAAGCAAAGCAAUUUCAAUCAGAUUAAAAGAAGAAACGUGUAUGAUAAUCAUCAGCUCCACUGUAUAUGACUGGGAUCAUCAACUAGAUUCAGCCGCGGGCCGAUUAUUUUUCUUGAGCGGAUGGUCAGGGGGCCGGAACAUAAUU